AAAAUGUCAAGCUAAACUAACCAAACAUAAUGGUAGGUAAACAAGAUGCAAAUAGAUUUGUAUUUAAUUUCUAUAUGUAGCCUCAGUUAGUGGGAACGCGGAAAUUAGUAAAAUGGUGUAUUGUGUGUUGAAGCGUGCUCAGAAAUACCCCAGUGAAUUGCAAGAAAAAUAGUUUUACAGCCAAAUCAGCCCCAAAAUGCAUCUUUUAAGUGAACAGCCCCGUCAAACCUUUUGCCAAUGGUUAAUUAGUGUAAAAUUAUCCCGAAUUGUUAUUAUGGUACUCGCAAUCCUCAUCUUAACGCCGUUAAUUACACACUUCUAUUUAUCGAAAGUUGAAAGGAAUUCUAGUCUUAUUAAUCACAGUGCCCAUUCCCACUUGGAACUACCAGAUGAGCUGGAUGUUCGCGAAAUUGACCUCAGAGUGGGUGUGGAGGAAUUAGUUAGGAUCAGGGGCUCAGUUCUGAGUGAACUCAGAAAUAUCGAGAAGAAAAGACGGCAGUUCAAACAGGAACUUCAGAAUUACGCGAAAAACAUUGAAGAACUAAAGCUAGAGCUAGUACACCAACAGACUAAUUUAAAUAGACUUAAGAUAUCUGUGGAACAGGCACAAGUAGCCAUGCAUGAAGCAUUGCAGCAAAAUACGCCAGACUUAGCACUGCCGCCGAGGCUUUUGCCUGACUCUGUACCGCCCAUUUUACCAGCCAUUUCACGAGACCGAUCGAGAAACUGCAGAAUGUUUACAUGUUUCGAUCAUUCCAGGUGCUCGUUAACAUCAGGGUUUCCAGUAUACUUGUACGAUCCGGAUCAAAAUCCUGUUAUGAAUGAUGGAUGGGAUGUGGAUGGUUUUUUGAAAACCACUCUUAAACAAGUAUUGGGUUACAAUCCUCACUUAACACAUGAUCCAGUGGAGGCAUGCAUAUAUCUGGUACUAGUAGGUGAAGCUUUAAAAGACACAGAUGAUAUCAGUGAAAAUGUUGGCAAUCACUUGAAUUUGCCGCCCCUUAACUCUGAGGCAUUGAAAAGGUUGCCCUAUUGGGGAGGUGAUGGUCGAAAUCAUGUUCUCCUUAAUCUAGCUAGACGAGAUUUGAGCGCUAAUAGUGGAGAUAUUUUUUCCAAUGUUGAUACAGGAAGGGCCAUCUUAGUACAAUCGACUUUUUACUAUGAAUAUUUUCGAGAUGGCUUCGACUUAAUCGUCUCGCCUGUUUUGGGCCCUCCAGGGGGCGACGUUUGGCAAGAGUGUGCCUACAUGUUACCAAGUCGUCGUAAAUACUUAUUGUCGUUUCAAGGAGAAAUCAAAGCCAACAAAAGCAACGCCGCUGAAAAGCAACUUUCAACGCAUGAUGCGGCAUUGGAGAAGGAAAAUAUAGAGCUGAACAAUUUUAUCCUGCAGCAUUUGAAAGAGCUUGGAAAUACUCACACUUCCGACAAGUUUUUGUUCGAUUUCGAGUGUAUUCCCGCAAGUGAUGAUACUAGAAAUACCGGACCUCAGGAUUGGGCCCUUUGUGGAACAGACAGCAGUCGAAGGACUGUUUUGAAAGACUCCACGUUUGCCCUUAUUUUUGCUCCCAGUUCUACAGAUUUUCUGUCCACCACCUUACUGCAAGCCAGAGUAUAUGAGGCUUUACGAUCUGGUGCUGUCCCAGUAAUCCUAGGAGGAGACCAGGUUAAACUGGCCUAUGAUGAAGUUGUUCAAUGGAAGCGGGUUGUAAUUUUUUUGCCAAAAGCUCGAGUCACUGAAUUGCACUUUCUCUUAAGAACGAUUCCUGAUGAAGACAUUCAACUUUUUAGAAGACAAGGCCGGCUUAUUUGGGAGAGAUAUUUAGCUUCAGUGCAAAGUACUUUGGAUACAAUAGUAGCGGUUUUGAGGAACCGGCUGAAUAUACCUGCUCUGCCAGCCGAUACAGUUGCAGCGAUUAGCGUGUUUAAUGAUACUUUUCAGCCUAUAUUAGUGCCGGUAACUGGUGAUGUCGAACAAGAAGAAAGCUUGGGUCCGUUGGAACCUCCAUAUGACAGCUUAUCGUUCAGGAGAAACUUUAGUUUAGGUUUAACACAAGGCCCCGAGAUAUGGAACGAUUGGGGUGAUCCUUUCAGAUUGUAUCCAGCCUUGCCUAUGGACCCAUUGCUUCCUUCUGAUGCGAAGUUUGUGGGCUCCGAAAGAGGUUUCAGACCGAUCGCAAACGGGGCUGGUGGCUCUGGAAAGGAAUUCUCCGACGCACUUGGAGGGAACAGUCCUAGAGAACAAUUCACUAUUCUCCUAUUGACCUACGAAAGGGAGCAGGUUCUGCUAGAUUCCAUAGCCAGACUACGGGGGCUUCCCUACCUUCAUUCUGUAGUCGUGAUAUGGAAUUCACCUCGGCUACCCAGUCCUGAAUUAAAGUGGCCCGACAUUGGCGCUCCAGUUCACAUUGUUAAAGCCGCUAGAAAUUCGUUAAACAAUCGGUUUUUACCGUUGGAGAAUUUAAACACUGAAGCUAUUUUGUCUGUGGAUGAUGAUGCGCAUUUAAGGCACGAUGAGAUUUUAUUCGGUUUCCGGGUGUGGAGAGAGCAUAGAGACCGAAUUGUGGGAUUCCCUGGAAGAUUCCACGCUUGGGACUUGAAUACCAAAAAUGGAUGGUUGUACAACUCAAACUACAGUUGUGAAUUAAGUAUGGUACUAACAGGUGCAGCCUUUCUUCAUAGGCACUACUUACACCUGUAUUGGAAAUGGCUUCCACAAGCCGUCCGAGACAAAGUAGAUGAAUAUAUGAAUUGUGAGGAUAUUGCGAUGAACUUUUUGGUUAGCCAUAUAACGAAAAAACCGCCCGUGAAAGUAACAUCCAGAUGGACGUUUAGGUGUUCUGGGUGUCCACAAAGCCUGUCUGAGGACGACACACAUUUUCAAGAAAGGCACAAAUGUAUCAACUUUUUCACGCAGGUAUUCGGAUAUACGCCACUACUUAACACACAAUAUAGAGCAGACUCUAUUCUUUUUAAAACGAGAAUACCACAUGACAAGCAGAAAUGCUUCAAGUUUAUUUAAGUAGACUUUUUAUGUUGACUGUGUUUUAUUGAACAAUUGUGUUGUCUAUUAUGUUAUUAUCUAGUUUUGUAAAUAUUUUCUAAAUCAUAUUUGUUAUGACUGAUGUGCCAUUUGUGUCGAAUUGGUGAGCUAAUAUUAAGAGUUUUUAACGUUAAUAUUUAAAAAAAUUACAAAUACGUAUUGGUCUCAAGAAUGUUCAAUUGAUAUCGCUUAAGUUUUUUUUAUGAUGAGUAUUGUGACCUGCAAUUUAGCUGUUACUUAAACCCGUAAUAGAAUAAAGCAAAAAAGUGUAUUAAAUUGGCAA